CUAAUUUAGAAGUCCUUCAUUACUGCAAAACUGAUUUAUGUCAUGAAAGGACAACGCCCCGUUCUUGUGGCUGAAAAAUGACGCGUAAUCCGCUUUCAACUUUGUGAAAAAAAGGAUGGAUCCGGUGCGACAACUCGAUAAAACUGCAGUGUAGCUGCCAUUGCAAACGAAACCUAGGCAGCCAUGGGCUUGAUGAAGGAGGAACCAACCACAGUUCUGUCAGCUGAGCAGCUGCAGAAAUUUCAGACGGAGGGCUCCGUAGCUGUCCCAAACUUCCUGACAGAGGCAGAAGUAGAGUCUCUCCGAUCGUCUUGUUACCAGCUAGUCGACGAAAUGGAUCCCCGAAUUCACACACCCACUUCUUUCUCAACUGUGGGCCAAGAGCAGGCAAAGAGCAGGUAUUUUCUUGACAGCGGCGACAAGGUUAGGUUCUUCUUUGAAUCAGAAGCGUUGGAUGCCGAUGGAAAACUUAAGGUCGAAAAGCAUUUUUCAUUAAACAAAAUUGGUCAUGCCUUACACUGGCUUGUACCCGAGUUCAAGAAAGUGUCCUUCUCUGAUAAAAUGAAGGCAACAGCGAGGCAGCUGGGUUUCAUUUCUCCAGCUGUUGUGCAGUCGAUGUAUAUCUUCAAACAACCAGGCAUUGGUGGUGAAGUGAUGCCUCAUAAAGACUGCACUUUCUUGUCAACUAAACCUCAAAGCUGUAUAGGUUUCUGGUUUGCAUUGGAGGAUGUAACUGUUGAAAAUGGUUGCCUAUGGUACAGUCCUGGAUCCCAUAAAACCACUACCGAACGCAGGUUCAUUCGUAACCCUGAUAAAAAUGGAGACCUCCUUAUUUUUGAAGGCCCAGCAGAUCCAUGUGAUGAAUCAAAAUAUGUGCCGAUGCCAGUGGGUAAAGGAACUCUUGUACUGAUAAAUGGGCAGGUUGAUCACAAGAGUGCUAAAAAUACAUCUCUAAAGUCCCGUCAUAUCUACACCUUCCACGUAAUUGAGCGACAUAACACAACAUGGGACCCAAGGAACUGGUUGCAACCUACUCCUGAAAUGCCAUUCACAGGCCUUUAUGAAAACAGUCCUUAAAAGACCUUGAAUAUUACAGUAAAGUAUCUGCAAUUCCAAAUAUUUUUAGGUGUCAAACAUGUUAUUUUACUUGUGUGUUAUCACUCGCAGAAUGACUGGUUAGUUGAAUGUUCUGAAUCAUUCUUGAAGGAACAACUUAAGUCAUUAUCUGGAGUAACACAUGAUUGGGGGAUAUCCUUGGACGCAUUGUUAUUCUCUGCCAUUCUAAGCCUUAACAAAGGUUAAAACCAGGUAACAGAUUAAAUCAGUCAGGAUGAAAGAAGGGAACACUCAACCAGGUUAGAGUUGGAUUUAUGAAGCAAAAAUUAGUGAAAAUUUUAUUGGUGCUAUCACACCUUAGAUAAGUCUGUUAUUUUACCCAUUAUGUCACUACUUAGUGUAGGAUAUGAAAUACAGUAGUACUUUAGUACUUGGAGGGCUGUUAGCUCAGACAGUUUUGUCCUAUUAAAAAAUUGCCGUUUUGAUUAAUUUGGUACAUCACCUGGACAAACAUGACUGGCUAUCACAUCCAUGGUUUUAGGUACUUCACUUGUGGCUGUUCCAUGCUUAAACAAAGGGGAAGUGGCUAGUUUACCAGUAGCUGUCGUAUGUGCACAACUCUGCUACUCUGUCUUGUGAUUAUCAAUGUAUGUAUGUUAUGUGUAUGUGUUUUGUUUUAUUUCGUGAUUGUGAUGCCUAAGAAAGGUAAAGAUGACAGCAAACAAAACAAAAAAGUAGACAAAAAUUAUACUUAAAAAAAUGCUCAUACAAAGAGCUAAACACGCUCUCCGCGUCACUGAACUGGCCAAGAGUAUUGUAUGCCAAAACUACAAUCACAAACUAUUACAAUGUAAAGAACCUAUCAAAGGAGCUGGUGUUGCUAAGGGAGUAAAAGCUGCUACAAAACAAGUGUUACAAACAAUUGAAGAGGUUGAGAUAUUGUUGUGGAUUUGGAUAAAUGAAAAGGUAGUCAGUGACAGUGUUUCUAAGGCUACUGUAAAAACAGCAUAUGUACUUAUAAAAUAUGAUACCAUAUAAAGAUUAAUGGGAAUGCUACCCAUGAAAGCAUUAACACAAAACAAAAUUACAGAUAGUUAAUGUAAACAUACACUAUGAUGAGAGCACUCUUAACCGGUAGCUCAAACUCAUUAGGGUGUGGUAGUUUCAGUGUGCAUUGUGUAGAGAUACUCAAGAUUCUUUGCAAUGUCUUCCCAACCCCAGCUGUGUUGUUUGUGCCUGUUUUGUGCCUUCACUUUUCAUCUUUAACUUUUGUCUUCUAAAUUAGCUGUCUUAACUUCUUUAAUAUUAAUGGAAUACAAU